AUGUCAGAAAUGGGACUGAGGAUUCACAAGCAACAGAAGAACUUAGCGAACAGGUCUAUUACGCAAUUGCCAGCGUCUCCUUUUAUUACCAUGGUUACCGCAUACGGCUCUAUCUACCGCAACGUGAAAAGAAUGACUCAAACUGCGCAUAAUAUUUGGGGAGAGUACGCUGCUCAAACUUUAGAAACUAUUUUAGCAGAAUCAAGAACCGCUCGAAUGGCAUGCAUUAUGUCAUUUUGUUUCUUAUUUGCAUGGACACCGUAUGCUGCUGUAUCACUUUAUGCCAUCAUACGAGCACCGGAGCCUGCCAUAUCUCCCUUGAUGGCCACCUUACCCGCUCUUUUUGCUAAAACAGCCCCGUGUUAUAACCCGCUUAUUUACUUCUUGCUGUUUAAGAAAUUCCGCUCCAGUCUCAGAAAAGUGCUGAGGCCAUUACCAAUCUGCAGGCGCUUUUUGAGACAAGAAUCAAGUGGCGGAAAUAUGGAGGUGAUCUCACGUUUAACAGCUUCUGAUGAUAAAGAGAACACCAGCAAGCCUAAUGAAGUAUUACCAAGACAGGUUCAAGAU